GGUAAGAAUACUCCUCCAUUUGAGCAACUGACGCCUACUAAUGCAUCUCUUGUUCCUUCCACAGUUAAAGCACCCAAGUUGGAGCUGAAGCAGCUGCCAAGUCACUUGAAAUACAUCUACUUGGGUGAACAUAGCACUUUACCAGUGAUAGUGGCUGCAAAUCUAAGUUUGGGGGAGGAGGGAAAGUUGAUCCGAAUUUUGAGACAGCACAAAACAGCUCUUGGUUGGACCAUUGCGGACAUAAAAGGGAUCAGCCCGUCAAGAUGUAUGCAUCAGAUUUUUCUGGAAAAUAAUGCAAAGCCUACCCGAGAAGCACAAAGGAGGUUGAAUCCACAUAUGAAGGAGGUUAAAAGUGGCAUUACUGUAGUGAAGAAUGAAAAUAAUGAAUUGAUACCUACACGAAUGACCACGGGAUGGAGAGUGUGUAUUGAUUAUAGGAAGUUGAACAACGAAACUCGAAAAGACCACUUUCCGCUACCAUUCAUUGAUCAGAUGUUGGAGAGACUAGCUGGGCAUAGUCAUUAUUGCUUUCUUGACGGCUAUAGUGGAUACAAUCAGAUUGCCAUAGCACCUGAGGACCAAGAGAAGACUACGUUCACAUGUCCAUAUGGCACUUUUGCAUACCGAAGGAUGCCGUUUGGGUUGUGCAACGCACCAGCUACAUUCCAAAGAUGUAUGAUGAGUAUUUUCUCUGACAUGGUAGAGAAGUUUAUUGAAGUUUUCAUGGAUGAUUUCAGUGUAUUUGGAGCUGAUUUUGAUGAAUGUCUUGAGCAUUUGAGGUUGGUGUUAGAGAGGUGUGAAGAAACCAACCUUGUUUUGAAUUGGGAAAAAUGUCACUUCAUGGUGCAAGAAGGAAUUGUGUUGGGUCAUCUGAUUUCCAGCCGUGGCAUUGAAGUCGACAAGGCAAAAAUCGAAGUCAUAUCUAAGCUGCCUCAUCCUACCACAGUAAAGGGUGUGCGGAGUUUUCUUGGUCAUGCGGGGUUUUACCGAAGAUUUAUAAAAGACUUUUCCAAGAUCUCGCAACCUUUGUGUGUAUUGCUGACAAAGGAUGCUGAAUUUGUAUGGACAGAUGACUGCCGGACAGCAUUUGAUAAGUUAAAACAAGCACUCACUUCAGCUCCUAUUAUGCAGGCACCUGAUUGGGAGUUGCCAUUUGAGUUAAUGUGUGACGCCAGUGAUUAUUCGCUGGGAGCUGUUCUGGGCCAGCGGAAAAAUAAGACACCAUAUGCCAUCUAUUAUGCUUCUCACACCAUGAAUGAUGCUCAGCUGAAUUAUUCAACAACGGAAAAAGAAUUAUUGGCAGUGAUUUUUGCAUUGGAAAAAUUCAGAUCUUACCUCAUUGGCUCGCGAGUUAUUGUGUAUACGGACCAUGCUGCGUUGAGGUAUUUAAUGACUAAAAAGGAUGCCAAGCCUAGGUUAAUACGCUGGGUACUUCUUUUGCAGGAGUUCGACUUGGAGAUUAAAGAUAAAAAGGGAAGUGAGAAUGUAGUUGCCGAUCAUCUUUCUCGGCUGCUACCUGACAAUGAACAUGAAGAACUUCCUUUGGGUGACUCUUUCCCGGAUGAACAGCUCCUGUCCAUAAACACACUGCCAUGGUAUGCCGACAUUGUGAAUUAUCUUGUUACUAAUUCUUUUCCUACUGAUUUGUCUUAUCAGGAAAGGAAGCGGAUAAUUUCACGGGCUAGACAUUAUAUAUGGGAUGAUCCUUACCUUUUCAAGAUAUGCCCGGAUCAAAUUAUUCGUAGAUGUGUAGCACAAUAUGCUUGGAGUUUUUGUAAGACUUGUGACAGAUGCCAAAGGACCGGUAACAUAGCUGCCAGAGAUCAAAUGCCUUUAACAAGUAUUCAAGUCCUUGAACUUUUUGAUGUAUGGGGAAUUGACUUCAUGGGCCCUUUUCCUAACUCUUUUGGCUUUGAAUAUAUUUUAGUUGGUGUUGAUUAUGUGUCCAAAUGGGUCGAGGCUGUCCCCUCAAGAACUAAUGAUCAUCGAGUGGUUGUGAAGUUUUUGCAGGACAAUAUUUUCUCUCGUUUUGGGAUGCCACGAGCAAUCAUUAGUGAUGGUGGCAGGCACUUCAAUAAUUAUGCAUGUUCGGCCCUAAUGAAGAAAUAUGGGAUCACUCACCGUGUGGGAACCCCAUAUCAUCCUCAGACGAGUGGGCAAGUGGAGAUAAGCAAUAGAGAAAUCAAGGCCAUUCUAGAGAAGACGGUGAAUCCAAAUAGAAAAGAUUGGUCUCUUCGUUUGACUGAUGCUUUGUGGGCCUACAGGACUGCAUACAAAACACCCAUUGGGAUGUCUCCAUUCCGGUUGGUUUAUGGGAAAGAGUGUCACUUGCCAGUUGAAUUAGAGCAUCGAGCUUAUUGGGCUAUUAAAAAGCUAAAUUUUGACAUAAAGGCAGCUGGAGACAGGCGUCGUUUGCAACUGAACGAGCUUGAAGAAUUACGGCAUGAAGCCUAUGAGAAUGCCAAAUUAUACAAGGAGCGCGCGAAGCAGUACCAUGACAAGAAGCUUGUACGGAAAAUUUUUUCUGUAGGACAGAAGGUGCUGGUGUAUAACUCUCGUUUGAAAUUGUUUCCGGGAAAACUCAAAUCAAAGUGGCAUGGCCCAUAUGUGAUACAAGCUGUGUUCCCUCAUGGUAUCGAGUGUGAGGAAGUGUGGUCGAAGCGGGCUUUGCAUGUGGAACGCCAUGUUGUGGUGGAGCACUUCCAACGGGUUAACUGGUAUUACAAAUUGAAAGAGAGGGGAUGGCUCGGCAUCACCAGUGUUCCAGGUGUGGCUAUUCGGCAACUGGUUUAUGAGUUUUAUGCCAAUUUGAUAGUUAAUGAUAACCAUUGUAUGGCAUAUGUUCGAGUGAAAGAGGACAAUAAACCUGGUCAGGUGCUGCCGUUUGGAGUACUAAUCACUACUUUGUGUCUUGCUGAAAGUGUGGAAAAGGAGCUGGGUGAUCUUGUUAGGCAGCAGCAGAAAACUUCUGGGACAGCUGAGGAGUCUCGGGUGCAUAAUACUGAAGAAGGAACUGUUGGUGCAGGUUGUGGUAAUUUGGACGAAAGGUUGGAGGCUGUUGAGGAGAAAGUGACUGAUUUGGGUGUUGAAGUUGAGCAAGUAGGGAGUUUGCAGGGGCAGGUUAUAACCCGGUUGGAGCAUCUUGAAUCAACAGUUGAGUCACUUCAAAUGAGUAUUGGAACACAUAUGCAUGAGAUGAAGGAGGCAGUGCAGAGGUUACUAGAGUGGAUCCAAUUGAAGCAGUGGUGGCGUAUGGCUAAAGUUCUAAAGCUACUUGAUGUGGGGGUAAUUUAUCCGAUUUCAGAUAGCAAGUGGGUCAGUCCAAUUCAUGUAGUACCGAAGAAAAGUGGCAUUACUGUAGUGAAGAAUGAAAAUAAUGAAUUGAUACCUACACGAAUGACCACGGGAUGGAGAGUGUGUAUUGAUUAUAGGAAGUUGAACAACGAAACUCGAAAAGACCACUUUCCGCUACCAUUCAUUGAUCAGAUGUUGGAGAGACUAGCUGGGCAUAGUCAUUAUUGCUUUCUUGACGGCUAUAGUGGAUACAAUCAGAUUGCCAUAGCACCUGAGGACCAAGAGAAGACUACGUUCACAUGUCCAUAUGGCACUUUUGCAUACCGAAGGAUGCCGUUUGGGUUGUGCAACGCACCAGCUACAUUCCAAAGAUGUAUGAUGAGUAUUUUCUCUGACAUGGUAGAGAAGUUUAUUGAAGUUUUCAUGGAUGAUUUCAGUGUAUUUGGAGCUGAUUUUGAUGAAUGUCUUGAGCAUUUGAGGUUGGUGUUAGAGAGGUGUGAAGAAACCAACCUUGUUUUGAAUUGGGAAAAAUGUCACUUCAUGGUGCAAGAAGGAAUUGUGUUGGGUCAUCUGAUUUCCAGCCGUGGCAUUGAAGUCGACAAGGCAAAAAUCGAAGUCAUAUCUAAGCUGCCUCAUCCUACCACAGUAAAGGGUGUGCGGAGUUUUCUUGGUCAUGCGGGGUUUUACCGAAGAUUUAUAAAAGACUUUUCCAAGAUCUCGCAACCUUUGUGUGUAUUGCUGACAAAGGAUGCUGAAUUUGUAUGGACAGAUGACUGCCGGACAGCAUUUGAUAAGUUAAAACAAGCACUCACUUCAGCUCCUAUUAUGCAGGCACCUGAUUGGGAGUUGCCAUUUGAGUUAAUGUGUGACGCCAGUGAUUAUUCGCUGGGAGCUGUUCUGGGCCAGCGGAAAAAUAAGACACCAUAUGCCAUCUAUUAUGCUUCUCACACCAUGAAUGAUGCUCAGCUGAAUUAUUCAACAACGGAAAAAGAAUUAUUGGCAGUGAUUUUUGCAUUGGAAAAAUUCAGAUCUUACCUCAUUGGCUCGCGAGUUAUUGUGUAUACGGACCAUGCUGCGUUGAGGUAUUUAAUGACUAAAAAGGAUGCCAAGCCUAGGACUGCAUACAAAACACCCAUUGGGAUGUCUCCAUUCCGGUUGGUUUAUGGGAAAGAGUGUCACUUGCCAGUUGAAUUAGAGCAUCGAGCUUAUUGGGCUAUUAAAAAGCUAAAUUUUGACAUAAAGGCAGCUGGAGACAGGCGUCGUUUGCAACUGAACGAGCUUGAAGAAUUACGGCAUGAAGCCUAUGAGAAUGCCAAAUUAUACAAGGAGCGCGCGAAGCAGUACCAUGACAAGAAGCUUGUACGGAAAAUUUUUUCUGUAGGACAGAAGAUCGAGUGUGAGGAAGUGUGGUCGAAGCGGGCUUUGCAUGUGGAACGCCAUGUUGUGGUGGAGCACUUCCAACGGGUUAACUGGUAUUACAAAUUGAAAGAGAGGGGAUGGCUCGGCAUCACCAGUGUUCCAGGUGUGGCUAUUCGGCAACUGGUUUAUGAGUUUUAUGCCAAUUUGAUAGUUAAUGAUAACCAUUGUAUGGCAUAUGUUCGAGUGAAAGAGGACAAUAAACCUGGUCAGGUGCUGCCGUUUGGAGUACUAAUCACUACUUUGUGUCUUGCUGAAAGUGUGGAAAAGGAGCUGGGUGAUCUUGUUAGGCAGCAGCAGAAAACUUCUGGGACAGCUGAGGAGUCUCGGGUGCAUAAUACUGAAGAAGGAACUGUUGGUGCAGGUUGUGGUAAUUUGGACGAAAGGUUGGAGGCUGUUGAGGAGAAAGUGACUGAUUUGGGUGUUGAAGUUGAGCAAGUAGGGAGUUUGCAGGGGCAGGUUAUAACCCGGUUGGAGCAUCUUGAAUCAACAGUUGAGUCACUUCAAAUGAGUAUUGGAACACAUAUGCAUGAGAUGAAGGAGGCAGUGCAGAGGUUUGAGGCUCAACAGAGGGAGAUGUUUGAUUUGAUUCGUGAUGGAAGCCUACCCUGA